CCCGUGUCUGUGUUUUGUCUCGUCCACAGAAUUAGACAAGAGAUAGAAGGCGGCGCCUGGUGUCCGCGGCGGCAGAUCAAAGAGAACGUCUACGAGUACCUGCAGAUUGACCUGUCCCGGCUCUCCGUUAUCACCAAGGUGGAGACUCAGGGCCGCUUUGGGAACGGACAGGGCAAGGAGUUUGUGACGGAGUACCUCCUAGAGUAUCAGCGGGAGGAGGGCGGACCCUGGUUCCGGUUCCGGAACAGGAACUCUGAGGAGAAAAUCCGCGGCAACAGAAACGAGUACCUGGCGGACAUGCGCGACGUGGACCCUCCCAUCAUCGGGCGGAAGAUCCGGUUCAUCCCCUACAGCGAGUCGCCUCGCACCGUCUGCAUGAGGGUGGAGAUGUACGGCUGUCGAUGGAACGAUUCCCUGAUGUCCUACUCCAUGCCCCAAGGACACCGGCGCGGGGCUGAGGUGGACCUGUAUGACUUCACUUACGACGGAAGAGUGGACCGCCGGCGGCGAGGACGACAUGAUGGAAGAGAAGGAGAACAAGGAAUACAACGACGAGUACAUCAGCGUCAUCAUCGGCGCCCUGGCCGCCCUUAUCUUCCUCCUCGUCUGCGUCAUCCUCAUCCUCUUCUGCCGCCACAAGCGGCGUAAGAACAACAACAACCGCCGGGGACACAAACCGGUCAGCAACAAUCACGUGACUAUCAACCUGAACGACCUGCGGGGAACCACCAACGGGAAGGUGUCCAACGGAAACAUGUAUAACAGUAUAGCAACCGACGACGCCGACUCGGACCGAGAUGGGGCGGGAUGCUGCAACGGAGGAGGAGGAGGAGGAGGAGGAGGAGGGAGUGGGAGUGGAGGAGGAGGAAGCGGAGGGAGCGUUGCAGGUGCCGGAGGUAGUGGCAUCGGAAGCGAGAAAUUUGGCUGUAAGCCUGCCUAUGUGCAGCCGAAAGAUAGCAUUCAGGCGGAUGUGGUGAGGCACCAUGAGGCCCCUGAGCCUGAGCGAUACAUCAGUUGUUUCACAGUGGCUUCCCCUGCGCCGGUUGACGCAGGGGGAGAGCACCGUGACUACGCCGUCCCCGACAUCACAAAGUCCGCCCUGGUUGUCAAUCUCCCGCCCCGAGGCUCCGCCCCCAACAAGCUGUCCCUGAUGGACAAGCCGCCCAACUACGAUGCCCUGUACGCGGCAGCCGACAUCGUGAACGUGCACGGCGGGAGUGUGCCCAGCAUGCAGGGUGUGAGCGGCAACAAUGUGUACGCUGUGCCCAACGCUGACCUGCUGUGUAGCAUCGACUACUCCGUGAUGGAGCUACGGAGGGAGGACUUGAGAUUUGUGGAGGUUCUGGGAGAGGGACAGUUCGGAGAGAGCUGACUUCCACAAGGAGAUCAAGAUCAUGUCUCAGCUGAAGGACCUGAACAUCGUGCGUGUGCUGGGCGUGUGUACCCAGGAGGAGCCGCUGUGCAUGGUGGUGGAGUACAUGAAGUACGGCGACCUCAACCAGUUCCUCAUCGACCAUGAGCCCGAGAGCCCCGUCGCUCAAGCCACCAACGCUAAAACUCUCAGCUACGGCUGCCUGAUCUACAUAGCCUCCCAGAUUUCCUCGGGCAUGAAGUACCUGGAGUCGCUGAACAUGGUUCAUCGGGACCUGGCCACACGCAACUGCCUGGUUGGCCAUCACUUCCUCAUCAAGAUCUCGGACUUUGGCAUGAGCCGCAGCCUGUACACCUCCGACUACUACCGCAUCGAGGGCCGCGCCGUGCUGCCCAUCCGCUGGAUGGCCUGGGAGAGCAUUCUACUGGGUAAAUUCACCACCAAGAGCGACGUCUGGUCAUUUGCCGUGACCUUGUGGGAAGUCCUGACCUUUGCGAGAGAACAACCCUUCCUGGCACUGACCGACGAACAAGUCAUCGAGAACGCCGGACACUGUUACCGUGACGACAACCUCCAGACCGUGCUGCCCAUGCCCGUGAACUGCCCCAAGGAGAUCUACGACCUGAUGUGUGAGUGCUGGAACAGGCAGGAGAGCGUGCGCCCCACCUUCAGGGAGAUCCACAUGUUCCUGCAGAGAAAGAACAUGGGCUACAACCCCGCCGAGGAGAAGCUGGGCCAGAUUACGGUCCCUAUCUGCUGAUAGACUGCGGAGAGAGAGAGAGAGAGAGAAAUAGAUAUAGAUUGUGUGUAGGGUGAGACGUUCUAGAUAUUGCGUAGACCCAGUGAUGACUGUGUGUGGUCAGGUGCUCUAGAAAUUGUGUAGACGCACUGAUGGACUCACACUAUCUGACGAGGUGGAUAGAUGAAGAUGACAGGGGUUAAGAACUCUGUGAAGUGGUUGAUGGACAAUCAUUGAUAUCGCGGCUGACGUCUUCAUGACCUUGUUUCCCAUGUGGAGAUGACAGCGUCAUGGUCUCUGAACUACGACAGCUGAUGUGAAUGUUUUUGUCCUUUUGGGAAACUUUUGCUGAUUUCUACAUGAUGUUUGAUGAACACUGAAAAGUAAAAUACGCGAGGCUAAAAAGCAUUACGGUAGUCUGGUUGGUAUAGAACACUUUGUAUUUCCUCGUUCAUUUUCUAAAUGUGUUGCUCCUUCACUUUCUAUGUUUUCUUGUAUGGAAAUUUGUUUUUCCUUGGCCUGGACAAAGAUGCCUCAAUGGGUCUGAUUGUUACGACGGAUUUAUUUUCUCCGGCUCCUGUCUGAGUUGUUUUGUUUUUUUAAAGGAGAUGUCACAUCAGGUGAUGGACACAGAUGAUGACACAACUUGUGGCUGACACAGACAAUGACACUCACUCCUACAAAGACAAUGUUAGAAAGUUGUUACUUCUGUCUGACUGCCUCAUAGCUGCAGUAUAUCUUUGUGUGGUGGCUGAAACCUAACCUUUUGUUACGUUAGCUUGAGAGGACGAGAGUGAACAGGGAAGGGAUGAAAAAGAGAGAGAGGGAGAGGGAGAGGGAGAGAGAGAGAGAGACACAGAGAGAGAGACAGAGAGAGACAGAGAGAGACAGAGAGAGAGAGAGAGAGAGAGAGAGUGAGAGAUGGAGAAAGCAAGUGGAAAGACAAAAGGAAAAAAAGAUAGAACCAUCUGCCAUUUUUCAAAAGCCAUGGAUCGUCAACUUCAGUUGUUGUUUCGUACGGUGUUCCAAGUGGUGACUGACCUUGAAAAUGCUAGUAGCCUGAGUAUUGCACUUGCUACGCUUCGCUUUGGAAAGCUUUAAGACUGCCGCUAACGAGUCCCGCUGUGCUCUCUUGCUUCAUUCUUUCAGUGUGUUGCUUCUUAAUGCCAACUUCUGUUUGGUAUUUGUACGCAAUUCAGAAGGAAAUCUUUCUGAAAUGUCUAUAAUUUUGUGAAAGAACCUACGAAGACUUUCUCAAUAAAGGAUGGAGUGGUCCGAAGACUUUCUCAAUAAAGGAUGGAGUGGUCUUAACUGAUAGAGAGAAAUUGCCAUUGUCCAGACACUCGUGAGUACUCCGUGCUCAGAAAGCUUCACUGGGUCUUGCAACAAACACAGAAGUUUGGUCUCACAGACCUGCCCCGUACUGUGUUGUUACAGAAGUGGAGCGCGCUCAUAUGACCUUAUGCAGUUGCGAGCGCCAUAAAACCCUGUACUACUACUACAGAAGUGGACAAAAGGCUAUGUCCAGUCGCCGGGCACAUGUUCCGGUGCCUGUUGUACACAACGUUGGAUCUAUGGAUGUGUCGAGUGCUUUCCUUACAGAUGGAUCCCCAUACACAGCCUGCGUUGAAAAGGACGUACUCUUCCACAAGACAUUAUGUGCCAGAGUUCAAGCUGGUGAAUGGAGUAUCAAUAUUUUGUUAAAGUUGAAGGUGAUGUUGAUUAGAUGGUACUUAUGUUGGUGACUUUGAUCAUAAUGAUGAUAAGAAUGAUGAUUGUGAGGAUGAAGAUAUGCUACAAUUGCCAUGAUGAUAAUCAUUAUGAUAAUAUCACAUGAUUAUUGCAAUGAUAAUUGUUAGGAAGAUAUUUUGCUUUCUUCUGUAGCAUGCAAUGAUACAUACACAAAGUUGAGAAGCUGUCUGAAUAGCCGGUGUCUGUCAUCUGGAGCAUGUUUCAGAUCUAAUUCCUUGUAUAUUUCUUGACACGGUUUUCUGCCUGUAAAGACUUGCAAACUGCAGGAAGCUCUUACAUAUUGUCAAAUUCCUAUAGCCACUAUCAUGUGCCAAACUGUAGCCACCAGCCACAGUAGCCACUGAGUCAUAUAUAGGUGUGCUCACACACUCUUGUCCCAUAAUUUGACACUCGUAGCAUGACGGUAGCCGUGAGUUUACUCGGAUUCUUUUUCUCUGAACUGAUCUGAAGAGAUGACAGGCUUGAGGCGUACGUACAAGCAACUGUCCCUCCCUGGGAGGACUGCUGAUGGGGAGUGGUGUGUACGUCACGACGUUCUUGUUUGAUACUGAGUGAGAGUGUUGUUGGUUAUGCUACGCCGUUCUCUUACUGACGACUAUUUCACUUGCGACGUGCCUGGCACGAGACUGGCACAUUCUAAAAAUAAACAUCGAUUAAGCUGACCUUACCUCAAUUGGACGUAUUUUGUGAGACAGAUAAUUUUUUUAGUAGACUUACAUAUUUUCCACUUUGGUAACAAAAGUCAUACUUUUUCUCAAUUAACGUUAUUUUUAUGAGCUUUGAUUGUCGUGUUCCAUCAUUUUACAUUGAGUUAAUGGAGAAUAUUUGCUUGUAAGAUAGCAAAUAAUUAUGUAUUUGUAUUAUGUUAUGACUGACAGGCUCAUUUCAGUCAUUUGUAUGAAAGAUUCAUGGAAGAAUAGUGCACACUUUAUCUUUGUCGUUUUUCUUCUCAUCUUUUAGAAAGUUCAACCGUAGUUCAGGUUAUUGUUCAUUUUUUCUGUCUUUAAUCAGUUUGUAGUUUUAUAUUAUCAUAAUUUACUGGGGGGGGGGGGGGGGGGGGUUCUCCACGGGAAAGAUAAAUGGGAAUGUAAGAGAUGAAGAGAGUUGACGGGGAACAGGAAACCUUCUGGAAUCAUCUCCUGUGAUUGAGAUUACAGGCAAAGUUCUUUGUUCACAGUAUGGAACUCACUGAAGUUGAAAACUUGAGUAAUCUUUUCUUGAAGUUAUCAAGAUUUGACCACAGUCUCAGAUUUCUAACGACAUAUUAGAAGGUAGUUAUUUGAGAACAUAAAAAAAAAUAGAUGAAAGAAUCUGAAAUUGCCAGUGUUCUCAUUCGGAGAGAAAAAAAAUGGAUAAACAGGACAGACAGAAAAGAACAGCAUUGUGAUGUAAUUUCACAAUUUUGUUGGAUUAUUUCUUUGAAAAAAAAAAAAGAAGAAA